CAACUAUGUCUAAAAAUAGCUGAUGUGUUCUAUUUCCGCCGUUCUGUCAAAAAAGGAUUUUAACUGUAGAAGAUUCAUAUCAUUUGAUGCCAAGUGUACAAUAAAAACUGAAAUGAAAAUUGAUAACAGAAGUGUCAUGGUCUGGUUGGAAAAUGCUGUGUUCUUCAUUGAACUCUGGUUUAAUAAUGUUAAUUAUUUCAGGCUGGUGAUAGAAAAAUAUCAAGAAUGCUUCAAGCUGGCAAUGGAGGGAAAUUUAAAAGACACUGAGAAAUCACAAGGUUUCAAACAUCUAGAAUAUGCUCACAGUCAGUCUUCAAGAUACUCACCUUAAUGAUUCCAGUGUGUUUUAGGAGACUUUGUCAGAACAGUACUUUAUACCUACAUACACUGGAGAUACCAGACCCAGCAGAUAACUACAGAUAUAUUGACACAGAACAUGGAAUUCAUUGCAUAUCCAAACACAACAUAAGACUUUAAACUGUUAAAUAGGCAGUGAGGCAUUUGUGUGUAACCUUCAUUAUUUCAAAUGAAAUUUCUUAUAUUUAUUUAAAUUUGACUUUGCAUUUAAAAGCCAUUACAGUAGCAUUAGAUUUUCCAAAUAUAUAUAUAUAUUUUUAUACAGUUUCAACUGUGAUGUAUAUCCAGUUGUACAUGUUUCCUCUAAAGAUUAAAACACUUUUGAAUUAUAUAGCAAAAUUUAAAUGAUAAUUUAUUCAAACUUAUGAUAAUAUAAAACACGCACUACCAUGGUUGAUCAUGUAAACCUUCAUACUAUCUUUAUAUAGAAAUUAAGUGAAUCUUUUGAAUUUCUGAAUACAUUUAUUUUUACUUUGACUGGCUCAUGUUUAAACACAGAAUGCUACAUAAAGUGUAUACUCAAGUGUAUACCGUAACAUGAUUGAAAUAGAUAAUAGAUAAUAUUUGCAUGAAACUCUGAACACUUAACCACUAUGGCAAUCUGCACCAGUUAAGAUACUUUUUGUUGAAUAAUGUGUUUUGAUGAGACCAGCUUGUAAAAUAUAUGUAUUUCUUUUAGUAAUUUUGUGUAUUUGAAGCAUGUCUGCAAAUGUAGAUUUUAUCAUGUAUUUUGAAUGGAUCUGAAAUACUGUUUAUUUAACUGUUAUUACAACGAUUGACACAAUAAAGAUAGAUUUAUGAA